AUGGCAAACUUACAGCUUACGAUUCUUCGAAAACUUGAUGAACAGGGCAGCAUCGAUGACUCUGGAAAAGAGUUAUCCACGGUGGAUUCUCCGGAAAUUCUUGCUGCCUUGAACUCUCUAUCGUCUCGUAAUAUGGUUACCUACAAGUCUCAUCAGCAUGAUAUCUGGCAUCUAACUAAGGAGGCAAAGGAUGUCGCCAUUCACGGCUCUCAUGAGUAUAGACUUCUAAACAAGGUUAUAGAGUCCCUAGAAGGUCUCAAGAUCUCAGAUAUCGAAUCUGUCAUGGGUAAGAGUGGUAAAGUUGCCCAAGGUAGAGCUUUCAAGAACGGUUGGAUUAAGAAGGACGGUGAUAAAUUGAUCUCUAAAGUUGAAGCCGCUGAUAAGGUUGAAGAUAGUACGGCUGACCAGUUGAGACAGAUCGAAAAAGCCGGUACUUUGGAUGAUUCUAAAGCUCUUAAAGAUUUGAAGAAGCGGAAGUUGAUCACCGCCGACAAAGUCUACACCUAUUCGAUCGCAAAAGGUCCUGAGUUCUCUCUAGAGAUCAAAAAAUUGGAGACAGACAUUACUUCCGAGAUGAUUCAGACGGGAUCUUGGACCAAAGCUGCUUUCAAGCCUUACAACUUCAAUUCUGAGGGUGUCUUACCUCACUCCGGUGCUUUGCAUCCUUUAAACAAAGUGCGUGAAGAGUUCCGCCAAAUCUUCUUUUCUCUGGGUUUUUCUGAGAUGCCCUCCAAUCAGUAUGUGGAAAGUGGUUUCUGGAACUUUGAUACUUUGUUUGUGCCUCAGCAGCAUCCUGCCCGUGAUCUUCAAGAUACUUUCUACUUGAAGGAUCCAGUCAAAGCCUUCCCCCCCGAGGACAAGCAGUACUGGGAAAAUAUUAAAAAGGUCCACCAGGGAGGUGCCUACGGUUCUAUAGGUUACAGAUACCCAUGGAAAUCGGACGAAUCCCUCAGAGAAGUUCUUAGGACGCAUACCACCGCUAUUUCUUCAAGAAUGUUAAAGAAGUUGGCCGAGGAUCCUCAACCCACCAGAUUGUUCUCUAUUGAUCGUGUCUUCCGUAAUGAAGCUGUCGAUGCUACACAUUUGGCAGAGUUCCAUCAAGUGGAAGGUGUCUUUGCCGACUACAGUUUGACACUUGGUGACUUGAUCGGUUUUAUGCAGCAAUUCUUCUCCAAGAUGGGUGUCACUGACUUGCGUUUCAAACCAACUUACAAUCCUUAUACCGAACCUUCCAUGGAAAUUUAUGCUUGGCACUCUGGUUUGAAGGAGUGGGUCGAAAUCGGUAAUUCUGGUAUGUUUAGACCUGAGAUGUUGGAGCCCAUGGGGCUACCUAAGGACUUGCGAGUUCUAGGUUGGGGUUUAUCCUUGGAGAGACCUACCAUGAUCAAGUACGGUGUUAAGAACAUCAGAGAGUUGUUGGGACACAAAGUUAACUUGGAAUUCAUCGAGAAUAAUCCUGCCCCAAGGUUAGAACAGCAGAUCUUUUAA